AUGGCUGCAGAGAAUCACUCUACUGUGACAGAGUUCGUCCUAGGAGGAUUAACAAAUCGGCCAGAGCUCCAGCUUCCUCUCUUUUUCCUCUUCUUAGGGGUCUACAUAGUCACCAUGGUAGGGAACCUGGGUUUGAUCAUACUCAUUCACCUGAAUUCCCAGCUUCACACUCCCAUGUAUUACUUCCUCAGAAAUUUGUCAUUUGUAGACAUGUGCUAUUCCUCUGUCAUCACCCCUAAAAUGCUGGUGAACUUUGUGUCAGAGAAAAACAACAUAUCUUAUACAGGGUGCAUGUCACAGCUCUACUUUUUCCUUGUUUUUGUCAUUGCCGAGUGCUACAUGCUGACAGUGAUGGCUUACGACCGCUACGUUGCCAUCUGCAGCCCUUUGCUUUAUAACAUCAUCAUGUCACAUCAAAUCUGCUUCCUGCUUGUGGCUGUGGUCUAUGCCAUGGGGUUCAUUGGCUCAACAAUAGAGACUGGCCUCAUGUUAAAACUGUCCUAUUGUGAGAUCUAUCUUAGUCAUUACUUCUGUGAUAUCCUUCCUCUCAUGAAGCUCUCCUGCUCUAGCACAUACGAUAUUGAGAUGACAGUUUUCUUUUUAGCUGGAUUCAACAUCAUAGUUACCAGCUUAACAGUCCUUAUUUCCUAUGGCUUCAUCCUCUCCAGCAUCCUUCGCAUCAGCAGCACAGAGGGUAGGUCCAAAGCCUUCAGCACCUGCAGCUCCCACCUUACAGCAGUGGGGAUGUUCUAUGGAUCUACUGCAUUCAUGUAUCUGAAACCUUCCACAGCAAGUUCCUUGGCUCAGGAAAAUGUAGCUUCUGUGUUUUACACCACAGUAAUCCCCAUGCUGAACCCCCUAAUAUACAGUCUGAGAAACAAGGAAGUGAAGGCUGCCAUGCAGAAAACACUGAGACGGAAGUUGUGCUGA